AUGAUUGCUCGAUUGCUAGAGAAUUCGAAAUUUUGGCAAAAAUAUCGCGAUUUGUUUUAUGUGAUCUUCAUUACUUUUGGUUUGUUAGGCUUCUAUGUUUUGCUGCAAUAUGUUAACAAUCAAGGAUGGUCGUUGGUUUAUACUGUUCAUCCCAGUGACAACGCCAAUGAUACACAAGAUCUAACAACAAAUUGUACAAAUGAAAUCUGGAUCGAUUCAUCAACAAACAGGACUAGAAACCUGAUGGUUAAUGCUUCUAAUAAUGACUCAUGUGCACAUGACACAAACGGGACCGAUGGGAAUGACUGGACAGAUCCGUUAACGAACAAUACUUUGAACCUGACAAUAAUUGACCCCAUUACUGUCAUUGUCGACAAUGGCACCUAUGCACCGGAUGAUACCUUCUACAAUGAGUAUUUUGGAGAAUAUGAUGACUACUCGAGCUCGGAUAAUGUUACUAAUGAUUUGAGUAAUUAUACGAGCAGCUACGAUAAGCUACCUGCGGAUAUCUCGUUUAUUAUUAAAAAUAUGACCAUUGUGGUAAUGUUUCUGAGUUUCUUCACCACUCCACUAGCCGCCUAUUUUGCCGUUACAAAUGAUCGACUGUCCUGGCCGAUUCGCUUAUUGGCUUGCGCGGAAAAUGUGAACAAAUUUGUGCAAGCUCUCGGCUUUCUGCUCAGCGAAAGCUGUGGCCUCGUUCUUUACUUUGAUUGGAAACCGUUCAGAUGUACUAGAAGAACUGCUUACUCGUUUAUCUACCUCUACAUCUACCUUGGUAUCUAUGGUCUAUCAGACAUUGCCCUGUACUGCCAAUGUUUGGUUUCGUUGAGCCGUUUCCUUGUUCUAUCGCUCGAUGGCGCCUAUUUUCAGUAUACAACUAAAUUGCCAGUUCUGCAACUCAUCACCCCCUAUAUUCUACGAAUUGCUCUUGGACAGGCGGUACUGUUGAUGUCGCAAAAUGGUGAAUAUAUUGGCAAUUAUGCUUGGAUCGAAUUCAUCUACACGUACCUCAUCAAAGUUCCGUCCUUCUUAGCCUGUGGUCUCGAUGUGGUGACAAAUAUGAGACUGAGAGCGUUGAAAAGCCACGGAAGCGUGUCACGUUGUGAUUCACAUCUCAUGAUUCAGAUGUUGAGCAACUCGCUGCUCACUAUAACCAAUCAAAUCCUCUAUUACCUCAUCGCCAUCAUCAUUUAUUUCUUCUGGGGCGAUGGAGUGAUGCAAAUCUGGGAUGGUUUGCGAGACUUCAAUCAAGCCCUACUUUUCAACCUUGUUGGGAGCCUCAUCUGCUUGGUGUUCCUUCGUAAACCCCGAGAACACACACCCCGAAGGGAUCUCCCGGCCACCGUUGUCUCGAUGCAACCAUCAACGCCACGGCAAACAGCUCGC